GAAGUGAUCAUUAUUUAUAUAUACGUAUGGACUGGGGAGAUGGCUCAGUAGCUAAGAGCGUUUCCUGCUCCAGCAGCGAAUCUGAGUUUGGAUCCCAGUGCCAGGAUAACAGGCCUACAACUGCAGCAGGUUACAUGAGGAAUGGCCACAGAAGAAAAACACACUAAGAUGCUCCACAUCCCUUGUAGCUCUUUUUGGAAGAAAAUCAGGAGUGCUCUGCUCUUGCCAUAAGAAUAGCCCUGUUUGACUCAACGCGUUGGUGCUGUGACAGAGGAAGAAUUGCAUGCAGGCUCCAGGAGUUUCUUGUUUUCAUAUAAGUAGUUAGUUUUUCUGUGGAUGGAGAAGGAUUUCAGUCUUGAUUACCCUGUUUCAAGGAGUUGUGUGUAGUCUGAACUGGGCCACUUCCCAAUGAGCUACACAGCCAAUCCUUGUCAGGAGCUGGUUGAAAACUGUGCAGUGCAUGCAGAAGGAAUGGCACAGGAAGAGAGCCAUCGAAGUCAGGCGCCACCCACCUUCUACCAUGGUGCCAGCCAGGAGCUCGACCUGUCCACCAAAGUGUAUAAGAGGGAAUCUGGAAGCCCUUAUUCUGUUCUAGUGGACAGCAAGAUGAGCAAACCGCAUCUCCACGAGACCGAGGAACAGCCAUACUUCAGGGAGCCAAGGGCAGUGUCUGAGGUGCACACUGUCAAGGAGGACCGGGAGAAUUCUGAUGACACGGAAGAGGAGGAGGAAGUCUCCUACAAAAGGGAGCAGAUCAUAGUGGAGGUAAACCUUAAUAACCAAACGUUAAAUGUGUCUAAAGGGGAAAAGGGUGUCUCUUCUCAGUCCAAAGAGACUCCUGCUCUUAAGACAAGCAGCGAGGAAGAGGAAGAGAGCGAGGAGGAGGCCACAGAUAACAGCAGUGACUACGGGGAGAACGGGCGGCAGAAGAGGAAGGAGAAGCGAGUGGAGAAAGUCAGGGCCACGCAGAGGAGGACCCGGAGAGCUGCCUCUGUUGCUGCAGCUGCCACUUCCCCUCCACCCCGCACAACUCGAGGCCGUAGGAAGAGUGCAGAGCUCCCCAAGCGGAAGAAGCAGGCCACCAAGGAGCCUAGAGCGCCAGUCCAGAAAGCUAAGUGUGAAGAGAAAGAGACUUUGACGUGUGAGAAGUGUCCCCGGGUGUUUAACACUCGCUGGUACUUGGAGAAGCACAUGAACGUCACCCAUAGGCGCAUGCAGAUCUGUGAUAAGUGUGGCAAGAAGUUUGUCCUGGAAAGUGAGCUGUCCCUUCACCAGCAGACAGACUGUGAAAAAACCAUCCAGUGUGUUUCCUGUAACAAAUCCUUCAAGAAACUCUGGUCCCUUCACGAACACAUCAAGAUUGUCCACGGAUAUGCAGAAAAAAAAUUUGCCUGUGAGAUUUGUGAGAAGAAGUUCUAUACCAUGGCCCAUGUACGGAAACACAUGGUCGCACACACAAAAGACAUGCCAUUUACAUGUGAAACCUGUGGAAAGUCUUUCAAGCGCAGUAUGUCACUCAAGGUGCACUCCUUGCAGCAUUCUGGAGAAAAACCCUUCAGAUGUGAGAACUGCGAUGAGAGGUUCCAGUACAAGUACCAGCUCCGCUCCCACAUGAGCAUCCACAUCGGGCACAAGCAGUUCAUGUGCCAGUGGUGCGGCAAGGACUUCAACAUGAAGCAGUACUUCGAUGAACACAUGAAGACGCACACUGGAGAGAAACCUUUUAUCUGUGAAAUCUGUGGCAAAAGCUUCACCAGUCGACCCAACAUGAAGAGGCACCGCAGAACUCACACAGGCGAGAAGCCCUACCCCUGUGAUGUGUGCGGCCAGCGGUUCCGCUUUUCUAACAUGCUGAAGGCUCACAAGGAGAAGUGCUUCCGAGUGACCAGCCCAGUGAAUGUGCCACCAGCUGUCCAGAUCCCCUUGGCCUCAGCUCCCGCUGCGCCUGCUCCAGCUGUGGCCAACACUCCCCCGAGCCCAGCCCCUGCAGUCAGUAUGAACCCAGUGGGUGGCGCACUUCCCUCAAGGCCUGUCCCGCACCCUUUCUCACACCUGCACAUCCACACACAUCCACACCAUGCGCACCACCUCCCCAUCCCACCCGUGCCUCACCUGCCCCCACCUCCAGCCCUCUUCAAGAGUGAGCCCCUAAACCACAGAGCCCAGAGUGAGGACACCUUCCUGCGGCACCUGGCAGAGAAGAACAGUGCAGCCCAGGCCCAGCAUCAUUAGCGCCAGCAGGAAUGUCAUCCCUACCGGAAGUUGGAGCAGCUGUGCCUCUCUGGUGUCUCCGUCUCCAUGGCCGCCUUCAGGGCCUUCGCCACUGCCCUGGCGAACCAUCAGACUGACUGGAGGGAGUGACCAAGAAGACUGCCCUCGAAACCAGGGGAACCACCGAACUAAAGCCCAAGUUGCUUGCAUUUUCUGAUGACUUUUAUAAAUUUCAGAUACUGAGACUGUGGGAUUUUAUAAUUUCAUAUCAGCGGAUGAGGUAUGCUUGCUUUUAUAUUCAGGUCUUCUCCUCAAAGAGGGGACGGGUCUGGUUUCCUUUAUACUAAUCGGGAAGGCUGUGAGAUUAACCCGGAGCAUUAACUGUAUCACUGUGUAUUGUAAUGAAUUCUUUUCAGCUUUGGUGCUGGCUGCAGAGUUGAGCUGGCCACGUUUCACACAAUAUCAAGCAUUAUAGAGAAGACGGGAAUUUUCUUCUUUGUGUAGCUCUUUUAACACACUCUUUAUUUUACUACAGAAAUUAUUUUAGAGUUUUUGUAUAGACUUUAGUAGUCUGUUUCUAAAUGAAAUGUAUUUCAAUAAGCUGUGUAAUUUUUUCAGUGUAGCUAAACCCAUGUUGUAAAAUAGAUAAAUUUUUAUAAUCAUCAAAAUGUGAUUCUUAAAGAUACAUAUAACUUCUAUUUCAAAUUUAUUCUUAACAUCUGUACAACUCAAAGGUGCUUCUGAGACUGGAUGUCUCUGAGCGGGUCAUUAGACCAGGUCAUUCCAAAAGCAAGGUUCAGUACAGAGUGAGUACUCUGAGCUGAAAAUCUUUGCUGGGAAGGCAGUCCAUCAGGCUCAAGGAC